CGAUCGCGCACACUCUGCUCACGAUUCUCACAGUACGCGCAUCGACAGCGUGUGAUCUUUUCUCGUUUUGUACGUGUAAACAAUCUAAAACUCUUCAAUAUGUCUGGUCGCGGUAAAGGUGGCAAAGUUAAGGGAAAGGCAAAGUCCCGCUCCAACCGUGCCGGGCUCCAGUUCCCCGUCGGACGUAUCCACAGGCUGCUCCGUAACGGCAACUACGCCGAGCGCGUCGGUGCCGGUGCACCCGUGUACCUGGCCGCCGUGAUGGAGUACCUCGCCGCUGAGGUCCUCGAGUUGGCCGGUAACGCCGCGAGGGACAACAAGAAGACCAGGAUCAUUCCUCGUCAUCUCCAAUUGGCCAUCCGCAACGACGAGGAGUUGAACAAGCUGCUCUCCGGCGUGACAAUCGCUCAGGGUGGUGUACUGCCUAACAUCCAGGCCGUACUCUUGCCCAAGAAGACCGAGAAGAAGGCUUAAACAUGGUGCGCUGAACGCAGCCGCAGCCGCAGCCGCCGCCGCGGUCGCAACAGAGCAUCAUGCGUGCACGUAUCGCACCGCAUUGCUCACAAACAAAAGGCCCUUUUCAGGGCCACAA